AUAAACAAAUAAGAUUUCAGAAGAACUUAUAAAUGAACAAGAGACAGACACUUAAUUUUCAUCUAUGUCAAACCGGAGAACGGCGAAUAAAACAUUUUAACAUCGGUUUCUUGUGUACAUUAAAGUUGUAGAAAAUGGAGAUUAAAUUGAACGGGACACAGAUUUUACUUUUGAUUUCAGUGAGUUUGUCUUUGGCAAUUUGUUUCAAAAUUAAAAUCGACCGGUACAAAAUUGUGCGACAGAAUCCAGGGAUAAAAGCAUGUGCGGUUAUUAACAGUGGGAAGAGUGAUGUUAUCGGGCUGAGUGUUUCUAAGGACACGGGAAAAUGUGUCGGACUAUCUCGGCGUUCAGCCGAACCUCAUUCCACAUCCCUAGAUGACGGAUAUGCUGUAAAAGUACAUUCUGCAACAAUCUUUCAGCCAGCACAUGAUCUUGCAAACAAUUCGCAUGUUGAGUGGAUGGUACCGGGAGGUCUUGGAAAUGGAUCUCAACUAGAUGUCAUUUUCUUGUUGAAACCAACGCUUUAUGAAAAUGUAUUUGGCUACAAACCUGCAUUUGAGGUGCGCCUGUCGCAAAAACCGUUGAAGUUAUCAGAAGGCUUUGGCGGAAUUGCGCCAAAUGAAACGAUGGUCUUGUCGUCAUCAUCUGCUUUUGGGGCACUUACGUGUUAUAUCGGCCGCGACAAACCAACACUUUCAGUUUCCCCAGUCAAGACAAAUCAGACUGCAAAAAUAUCUUUCACUUUACAGAAUGCAAUUAUCAAGAUCCUGGUUGACAACGCGGAGCACUGUGACCGCAACAUUCGAGACUUUGGAGAUGAUUUUGAAACAUUUAACCUGCUAUAUGUCUACAUGGAGUCUGGUUUGAUAUAUCGCAUUCAGUUUGAUGGAAAUCAGUAAUGGAUGUCUGACAUUUGCAAGAGUUUAAUUUAUUUGUAAAAGUACAUAUCCUUCUUAGCAUAUAACCUGUUUGAGCAGAAAACAUUUGGCAUUUGCCACCAGUAUGAGCCAUGUCAGCAUGCAUAGGUCUGUGGAGUCUGCCCAGGAACUAUACAGUUUUCAUCAUAUGAGAGGUGUCAUGUCAUUACAGUUUUUGUUUAACUUUCUGACUGAUCAUUAGACACUUACUGCUCAAAAUCAAAACUUAAACAAAAUAGUUCACUUUAAGUUUCCGUAAAUAUUCUUUUAUCUCUGUCCGAUCAACCUUCACUUUCAUAGCAUUUGUUAAAAGUAUAUCCAGCUGACUAGUAAAUUGUGUAAAUGAUUGGACAUUGUAGAUUCUCUAUAUAAAAGACAUUGAAUUUGUCAAUUAUCGCCUUAAUAUUAUAAAGUUUAACGCGUUAAAACGACAAGUUAUUCUUAAAACAUUGCACUGUAAUUGAUAUUAGUUUUUAAAACAUUGCACUGUAAUUGAUAUAACUUUUAUAAUAUUUCUUUGAUUUUACCUAUUAUGCAACAUGGUGUCAUAAUUUAACUAUUUUCAUGCGUCCUAAUUUUGUUUUGAUAUAAUCUGACUGAAAUAAUACAGUUUCUUCACAUAUCAGUAUUUCAGGAUGCGAAUGUUUCUUAUUUCAUACUAUACAUGGAUAAGUGUGUGAUGUGAAAGUGGCAAUAACCAUGUGUUUUGUUUUUGUUCUGUUUUGUUGUUUUUUCUGUUGUUUUUUUUAAUUCGACUUUAGACUCCUCAUGCCGAGGUCAUAUUCUUUUUGUUCCUUUUUAACAUU